AUGUCCGGCAAACAAGAAGGAGUCAACAUCGAGAGCCUCAGCGCUCAACAACUCACCGCCGUCAAGAAGCAGCUGGAUGAGGAGGUCGAGCACCUGACGGCCUCGUACACGCAGCUGGCUGCGGCGCAGGCCAAGUUCAAGGAGUGCUUGCGGAUUGUGCAGACAGGGAGCAGUUCUUUUGAUGACAAGAAAGACAUCCUCGUCCCCCUUACCAACUCCCUCUAUGUCAAGGGCAAGCUUUCCAACCCCGACCGCGUAAUUGUUGAUGUCGGUACUGGGUUCUACGUUGAAAAGGACACCAAAAGUGCCACUGAGUUCUACGAUGCCAAGGUCAAGGAACUUGGCGCCAACAUUCAGAACCUGGAAUCUAUUGUCCAGGGGAAGACUAACAACCUCCGCGUAGUGGAAGAAGUCUUGAGGCAGAAGAUGGCACAAGGAGCUGGACCUGCAUCCGCACAGGCAUAA